AUUGACUUCCAGGCCUGGCAACAUCGUUCUUUACCAUCAGCCCAACAGCAAGGGCACUCUUGGCAUUGGGAUGGUCAUGAGUGUCUGGAAGGGGGUCAAGGCUCCAAAGAUGGUCAGUGGAGAGACGCCAAUAGAUUCUUGCAGCGCUUUUCGGGUUGUGGUGCUUGAGAAGGCUACCGCUCCGAAGACAUGGGCCUGCAACGGAACCAGUGUUGCCUUUGUCGUGAGGGUUGAGGCUUUGGUUGCCAUCCUUGACUGCGAGGAAAGCAAACCAGUGGGCAUGGAGAGCUUCGAGGUCGUGCUUUCGCAUCGGUCGAUUGACGCCUUGGACAAGCUUGACGACAUAGAGACAUGGCUUGUCCACCCCACAAUGACCAGGGGGCGGAAGAAGGCAAGUGACACCUUGGAGACAAACAAAAAGAAACCUCAGCCACGUCUUCGCGGGAGGAAGAGGAAACAGACUGAUGAUCCACAGGGUGAUCCACAAGGCGCGGAUGCUGCUGAUGGUCAUGGAGUCAAGCGGAAAGGGGCUAUUGAUCCACAGGAAGCGUCCAAGGCACCAAAAGUCUCAGACACUCUGGCUGCUUUGGAUGAGGAUUUGGAUGAAAACAGCUACAGACGUAGCGCAAAAGGCCGGAAAGCGAUCUCACGAAAGGUGCAGCGGCUUUGCUAUUUGGACACGGAGGCGUUCCCAAACUCCCCUCUGUUUGGGCUUGAUGGCAAGUGCCGGAUGAAGCAUGAGAGCGCCCAGUGCUUGACCCUUCAGCAGAUCGCAGAGGUUUGCCCACAGUAUAGCAGCGUUCACAGCCCAACGCUCUAUGGAAAGACUGUGCACAAGCUUCUUGGUGGAAUAGAGCGUCAGCUGAGAGACACGCCCCCUCAGCGUGGCGCGCUUUUGCGGCUUGUGAAGGACAUUGAGGCCGACAACUCCGGAGUCUCAGUCAUCCAGCUGACGCCUUUGGUGAAGGUGCACGAAGAGUAUUGGUACGAGGAGGACGAACCUCGCUGGACCAUCCGUCUAUUGAGGUGGCGCUUUGAGCAGCGGAUCAGUGAGGAAGAGAUGGGCGAGUGGCAGAUCGCCAGUCUGGAGGAGAAGUGGUUCCGGGAGAAGCUCUACACCAAGAAGCGCUGA